ACCGCACUUCAACGUCAUUGUGACUUCUGGGACACUGAUGGUGACGGCCUGAUCUAUCCGUGGGACAUUUACAGAGGCUUCAAAAAGCUAGGUUUCCACUUCAGCCUCUGUUUGUGGGCUGCUGUCACAAUGCCUAUAUGCGCAUCCUACAACACCCACACGAGCUAUGUACCGCACCCCCUCUUCGCCAUCAAUUUGAACAACAUCAACUCGAACAGACAUGGCAGUAGUACCGGUACUUACGACAUGGAUGGAGAGUUAGAUGAGCGGCGAUUUGAGGCUAUCUUCCAAAAAUACGCACGAGGCAAGGACUACUUGACCAUGUGGAGCACCUACAACGUGUGGCGAAAUCAGCGCUGCGGACUCGACUUCUACGGUUGGUUUGCUGGUGGUUUGGAAUGGGUCGCGAUGUACAUCUUGCUAUGGCCAGAAGACGGGGUCAUGACCAAAAGGGAAAUACGAAGUGUCUUCGACGGGUCCAUUUUCUAUACGAUUGCA